AUGUACUCGGCCCUUCGCAAACGAUUCCCUCUGUUCCAGUUAUGCCACAACAAUGCGAAGGGCAAUCUCUUCAUGACGCACAUUUAUUACGAGACUGUCACGCGCAAGUGGGAGAACAUCUGUCCCCCCGGCGUCACCCUCAACGACGCCAAGUAUACCCUGCCCACCAUGUCCGACAACGAAGAAUCUCCGGACGACACCCACGACGGCCCGGACAACAAUCGCCCUCGGCCGCCCUCACCCCGCCCGCCCUCCAAGCGCCCGGCCGACCCCGCUAUCGCCUCGCAAAAACCUCCCCAGCGUGCUCGCCUGCAGGCGCACGAUCCACAAGGGGACAAAUCGACCCCACGACCUGACAAGGGCAAGCAACGCGCGGGCCCAAGCCUCCUAUCUGUGAUAUCCACGUCAAUGACUCCUUUGCAACCCAGCCCGCGCGUCCCCGAAAGUCUCACCACCCCAUCAGCAGCAGCCCUUGCGCCCGGGCAAGCCCUUGACCGAGCAGCCCCCCCAGUGUCUCUGCCAUCUGCCUCGCCGUCGUCGCUCACCCUCGCACCCUCAGAAAACCACCCCCCCUCAUCUCAUGUUGACCAUCCCGCCUUGCCCAUACCACCCACCCCAUCGCAGCACCCCGAUUCAGCCGCGCUCGUGCCGCGCGCGCAUGAUGACGUUUCGGAGGCCCCUCCUGUGCCCUCCGACGUCCCGGUCUCCGUCGGCGACACUGUCGCCAACCUCGCUGCCGAGAGCGUGGCUGCAACAUCGUUGCACGUCCCUCCCACCCAAACAAAUUCAACCGCAUCCAAAAAACCUCGUCCUCCUCGCAAGGCCCCGCAGUGGCCUCCGCCAUCGGAGUGGGCAUACGCAAGGCACUGGUACAAGGAGACUGCCGGCACCGAGGCCGAUUUCGAAAGGCACUACAAGGCGAUGGGUCCCACAGAUCGCAAGAAGGCAGCCCGCGAAUACCAACAAUGA